UACUCCCGACUCGACCGAGAGAGCGUUUGCUACUUUGAGAACGAGCGACGCGCGUCCCUGCGAGUUACCGCGGCAGCCGCCUCCGUCGUCAUCGUCGCCGUCGCCGCCGCCACCGUCGUCGUCGUCGUCGUCAUCGUUGUCGUCGCAGUUAUCCUCGCUGUCAUCUCGUCACUGACAUUGCCACAGUCGUAUCUCGGUGCACGUUACGGUUCCUUCGCGCUUACGCGUCUGUCGCUCGGCCAGAGCUCGGUGUAGUCGUCGCGAUUCGUUUCCGUUUGUUGUGACGUGAAGACAUCGUCAUCGUAAACCAGUGAACAAGUUGCGCCUUGAGCUGACGAGUUGAGCGCGACGACGGGUGGUCGCCCUCCACGCGACCAACGUUGCCACCGUCGUUGUCGAACGCGGUCGUCGUCGUUGUUGCGGCCGAUCGGUGGGAGCAAACGCCAUCGCGAUGGAUCGGUGAAAAUAAGAUACUCGCGUAGUGGACUGGUUUGUUAUGGACACAAAGGUUCACGUGUUUGUGAGGACUGAAGAAAUCGUGCGGUCCGACCGAGAGCCGCGGUAUUCGUUAGUGGUGACAGGUACGUUCGGAGGACGCUAAUACGGCGCGGUUGUAGUAAUCGCGACUGACAUCAAGAUCAGCGGCCGUGGUGACAGCGGCCCGCCGAGGAGGAAACGGCGUUAAACAUGCAUUGAAGCGUCGCCGCGGCUCGAACGCGAAAUCCGCACCGAUAUUCGCCAGACCUGGACCACGUCUCAGGCACGGCACGGGACGCAUCGCUGGCGGCUGCAACGUGCCAGACCAUCGUCUCUACGAGUCGCAGGAAGAACAGGGACGCGCGUUUCCGACCCUCCAUGGACCACGGAGCGAUGGACAGCUCUUCCGAUCACAGCAGCCGUGCCAGUCCCGUAACCGGCAGUCCGAAACACCCACAUAGCCCGUCGACGCAGCAGAGCCAGCAACAGCAGCAACUACACGGCGGUCAGCACCAACCGCCGGCCUCGCAUCAGCAGUCGCACGGGCGAGAUCAGAUACGCGAUCAUCAGCAGCAGCAACAGCACCGCGGUGUGCCGACACCGGGAUCGCCCACCAGAGGUUCACCGCCGCAGGGUCUACCCCUGAGUCCACCGCCGUUGUCGGCCGGGGGAGGCCCCGGGGCACCGCCGGGAAUGGUGCCUCGUAUGCCGGGAUUGCCACCGCCGGGUUUGGGACUGCUGGGUCAGCUCGGUGGUAUGCUGAGUGGCCACCAUGGCUCGCCGUUGGAGCUGAUGGCGGCUCAUCACGCGGUCCUGCCACCGAGAUCGUACAAUAGUCCACCGCCGAUCAGCACCAGCGAUCCCACCGCGAACGAGUGCAAACUGGUCGACUAUCGCGGGCAGAAGGUCGCGGCGUUCAUCAUCGCCGGCGACACGAUGCUCUGUCUGCCGCAGGCCUUCGAGCUGUUUCUCAAGCAUCUCGUGGGUGGCCUUCACACGGUCUACACGAAGCUCAAGCGGCUGGAUAUCGUGCCGUUGGUGUGUAACGUCGAGCAAGUUAGGAUCCUACGCGGCCUCGGAGCCAUCCAACCCGGCGUCAAUCGGUGCAAGCUGCUCAGCUGCAAGGACUUCGACAUUCUUUACAGGGAUUGCACCACGGCCAGCUCCAGGCCAGGAAGACCCCCAAAGCGCGCUUCCGUUGGACUGAGCCUCGCAGCCAGCCACCUAGCCGCCGCGGCUGGUCACCAUCCUCAGCACUCCCUGAAGAAGCACAGAAUGGACAACGGCGAUUAUUACGAGAACGGACACCUCGACGUGCCGAGAAUGGAAAAGUCACCGCUUCUGGCGAACGGAUACAAUCAUCCGCCCACGCACCUGAGCCACAUGCAGUUCAUGCAGCUCGGCGGGCACCCAGGUGCAGGACACACCGCCAUCCUGUCACCGGCCAGUCUACCGCAUCACCUGCAGGCGCAGGCACAGGCUCGUGCCGAGCAGGGCCUCAAGGUCAACCCGAAUAUGACCAACAUGGAAGCCCUGGCGAGGUCCGGGACGGUUUGGGAAAACUGCCGAGCUGCCUACGAAGAUAUUGUCAAACAUCUCGAAAGGCUCCGCGAGGAGAGGGGCGACGCCGAGAGAGCGCUGGCUUUGGACCACAAACCCAGGGACCUUAGCUCGCACAAUGGCUCCUCCAACGGUCACAGCCCGGUUCUAAAUCUGUCAAAAACCGCGGGAAGCGGAAGCGUGGGCGAGCACUCCGGAAGCGAGGCAGGGGCGUCGCAUCGUUCUCAAGACGACGAGGAGGAGGACGAUAAUCUGUCGGAGGACCUCGAGGACGACAACGAAAAAGACGAAGAUUUGUCGGACGUGCCGGAGAACUUGCCGUUGCCGGCGCCGGGCUCGGAAAGUCCCCAGGCCCUCAACUAUUCGCAGAUAGCCUCAGCGGCGGUCGCCGUGUCUCAGGGCGCCCAGGACCCCUCGGUCUCGAGUACGGAGACCCUGCUGAGGAAUAUCCAGGGCCUGCUCAAGGUCGCGGCCGACAACGCGAGGCAGCAGGAGAGGCAAAUCAACUACGAGAAAGCCGAGUUGAAAAUGGACGUUCUUCGGGAGCGGGAGGUCAAGGACAGCCUGGAGCGGCAGCUACAAGACGAGCAGAAGGUGCGAGUGGUCUACCAGAAACGGUUAAAGAAGGAGCGGAGAGCGAGGAAACGGUUGCAGGAGCAACUGGACCUGGAGGUGAAGAGGCGCACCCAAUUAGAAGAGGCUCUCAAAGCCACGGGAGCAUCCUCCGAGCAAGUCAGAGCGAUCACCGAGAACGUCACGGCGGAAGCGCGCACGAGUUCGGAGCCGCCGGAGGCUAGCCCGGUGCAUUCCCAGUCGCAGCAGCAGCCCUCGCAGCAACAGCCGCCGCAGCAACCCCUUCAGCAGCAACAGGCAGCGGCUCAGCAGUACCGGGAGGCGCAAGUGCCGCGUCCUUCCCAACAACCGUCGACGCCGGAGAAGCCCGCAUGGGGAUACGGGCUGGAUCUCAUCGGCAGCCAGGCGUCGGCCUUCUGGCAAAACUACCAAGAAUCGCUAGUGCAGGAACUCGAGCUGGAGAGAAAAUCGCGGCAGCACCAAGCGGCCGAGAGGGACCAAGUCAAGUCUCCUCUUCAAGAGUCGCGAACGGGUUACUACAAGAACUCCGUUCUGUUCACGAGCGCGACCUAGAAGAGGCCGGACGAGGGCAGGCGAGGGCAGACAGAGCGUGCAGCGAACAGCCGGAGCGAGUGAUCGAUCGGGCGAAGAGGG